UUGAUGACAGUGUGAAGAUGAUACAACAAUGAUACUGAGAUGGCAGAGGACGAAGAACGCAGAUUUCUAGACCCAGGAAGUGUUAGUAAGCACCUAUACUGCUCCAUAUGUAUGGAAGUGUUUCUUAAACCACUGCGCGCACCCUGCGGGCACUCCUACUGUAGUGUGUGUAUCGAACAGUGGCUGAAAAACCGCAAAACUUGCCCAGAGGACAGGAAACCCUUGCGGAGGAACCAGAUGCACUUUGACUUUAUCUUAGAGAACAUUAUAGGAGAUCACAGGGUGGCGUGUCCGUUUAGGAGGAGGGGGUGUGAUGUGGUGAUCCCUCUAACUAACAUCUCCUCUCACAAAAGAGAGUGUGAUCUGAACCCUGACAAUCUCCCUGACUUCCUCGCUCACGAGGCUCCUCCUCAACUUCAGUUAUCAAGGACGAGUGAUUCUGACGGUUCUGAUGAUCUCGGAGAGGUACCUGUAAUGUCACUAAAAAUGAGACUUUUCAAGGGAAGAAAAAGAAAAGAGCUGUGCUCAAUGUUCGAUACUAACCAUCUCUCCAAGACUAUGUGUCUGGACGUCAGCUCGGAUAAAGAGAACUCAGAUAGUGACAGAGAAGAGAGCAGUCUACUUCACAAGAACUCCUCUCUAGUAGUAGUACUGCAGCUGUAGAGGACACUUGACUCUGCAGAGUUUUUAGAUUUUAGUUUAUAAAUUUAGUUUAGAUUUAAGUAUUCUACUUUGGGAUGACGAGAUAACCUAA